CCUCUUCACGUCUUACCUCCCUUGUUCAAUUUGACCCGGUCAGUGUUUACACAGUGACAAACUAAUCAUAUAGGAAAUGGCAUCUCAGAAGACUGGAGAUGGUGAAAUGUAUCGAGUGGAGACUGACAGUUUUGGACCAAUCAAUGUGCCAAAAGACAAAUACUAUGGGGCAAAUACUGCAAGAUCUUUGGUCAACUUUGACAUUGGAGGAGAGUCUGAAAAAAUGCCUAUUCCUGUGAUAAAGGCAUUGGCCAUCCUCAAGUUCUGUGCUGCCAGUGUCAACAGGGAGUUUGGGCUUGAUGCAGUUAUAUCUGACAAAAUCAAGCUGGCUGCUGAGGAGGUUGUGCAGGGAAAGCUGUUUGAGCACUUCCCACUGGUGAUCUGGCAGACUGGUUCAGGCACGCAGAGCAACAUGAACAUUAACGAAGUGUUGAGCAACCGAGCCAUUGAGGUGAUGGGAGGAACUCUCGGCUCCAAAACCCCUGUCCAUCCAAACGACCACGUCAACAUGAGCCAGAGCUCCAACGACACAUUCCCGACUGCCAUGCAUAUAGCUGUUGCCAUGGAGAUUCAUGAGCGACUGUUGCCAGGGUUACACGCAUUGCAUGAUGGUCUCAAGGCCAAGAGUGAAGAGUUCCGGGAUAUUAUCAAGAUUGGCCGCACUCAUACACAGGAUGCUACCCCUCUUACCUUGGGUCAGGAGUUUGGAGGGUUUGUACAGCAGGUCUGUUACGGCAUUGAACGGGUCAAGUCCACGCUGCCGAGGCUGUAUGAACUUGCUGCUGGUGGCACAGCUGUUGGCACUGGUCUGAACACCAGGAUUGGAUUUGCAGAGAAAAUAGCCAAAGCUAUUGCUCAAUACACAGGUUUGCCAUUUGUGACGGCCCCAAACAAGUUUGAGUCCCUGGCAUCCCAUGAUGCCCUAGUCGAGGUACACGGUGCGCUGAACGUCGUCGCCACCAGCAUCAUGAAAAUUGCCAAUGACAUUCGCUUCCUCGGCUCUGGGCCGCGGUGUGGGCUAGGGGAGCUUUCCCUCCCCGAGAAUGAACCUGGCAGCAGCAUCAUGCCAGGAAAGGUGAACCCAACUCAAUGUGAGGCAAUAACUAUGGUAGCUGCCCAGGUGAUGGGAAACCAGGUGGCUGUCACCGUAGGGGGCGCCAACGGACACUUUGAACUCAACUGUUUUAAGCCAAUGAUGGUGAGCAAUGUUCUCCAGUCUGUGCGCCUUCUGGGUGACUCCUGCCAGUCUUUCACCAAAAACUGUGUCAAUGGAAUCCAAGCCAACCACGCUGUGAUAGGAAAAUUGCUCAACGAAUCUCUGAUGUUGGUGACCGCUCUUAAUCCACAUAUUGGGUAUGACAAGGCGGCAGUGCUUGCUAAAACUGCCCACAAGGAGGGGACCACCCUGAAACAAGCUGCACUCAAACUGGGCUACCUCACCGAGGAACAAUUUGAUGAAUGGGUCCGGCCAGAAAACAUGCUUGGACCUAAAUAAUGACACCGAUAUUUAGGUUGAUCACUUUGAUGACUUACAAUGCAUUUGGUCGAGUGAUGGAGUUUUCAUACAGAUUUUUUAUACUAAUUUUGUGAUUAAAUUACUGUUGAGAGGGAUAUUUCGUUAUUUUGAAUGCUAUAUUUUCAUACAUAGAAUCUCGAUAAAUAGUUUUAAAGGCUCACAAUAUAGGUUGAUAAAAAAUAAUAAUUUAAUGCAUUAUCAUGUUUAACGCAUUUGACUUUAAUGAUCAACACUUCAAAACACAAAAAAAGGAUAUGAUUUAUAGACAGAUAAAAAAAUGGAGAUAUUUUGUAUCAUUAAAGUCAAAUGCGUUAAACAGGAUAAUGCAUUUGAUUCUAAUGAUCAAUCUGAAACAGGUAAAAGACUUAUUACCGGUAGUGAUAUUUUGGCACUUUUUUAACCGGGGUAAUUUGUGGCCACAUAGAUCUUUAUUAAAAAAAAAAAUCAUUCAUAAAGGCUUAAUUUCUUCUCUCUGUACACAAAUCAUAAAUUGCAUUAAAAAAACAAAAAAUGCAUCAGCCUAUAUUGUGCACCUUUCAAAUCUAUUUCAGGUUGUAAAUUUAAGGAUUUGUAAUAAAAUAUUCUAAGAACUAGAUUUCAAAUUUCACAUCAGGUUGUUAUAGAAAAAGGCAAGCAUGUUUAUCUGUUAGUGCACAUUGGAUUCAGUAUAAGCACGAACCUAUAUACCAUAUGUAGGUCUGUGGUAUUAGAGAAUACAGUUCAUGUUAACUUUUACAUUGAAAUUAUUGGGUAGAAUUAUUUUGUACAUAUUUUAUGAUGAAGUAAUAUACAUCUAUACAAAAAUCUCAGUGGUGAUUAAUUCAAACUCAUGUCAUGUCAAUCUAGUCCAUUUACAUGUCCUUGGCAUUUGUUUCUUGUGCAUUUGUGCCAUUAUGGUACGUUUUGUUAGGUAGCAUCAUUUGUUUACAAAUACUGGGAUUUUGAUGUUUGAUUUUUGGAAUAGAAAGCAUUUACAUGCCUUUAUGUCGAAAUGACCAAUAAUUUUAUGAUUUUGAUAUUAUCACAUUCCUUAGUUACCGGUAGGUAUUAAUAUGCAAAAUGUCUGUGUGUUUCUUAUAUUUGUAAUGGUUUAUUUAUGAAUCUCAUGUCAUCUUGUGCUAGAGUGAAGGUUCAUCAAGUUAGUGGUUCUGCUAAAAUAUGAAUUAUUAUAUGCAUUCAUUUGAAAAACAUCCUUUAUGAGCACUGAAAGUGUCAAUUAUUUAAGUAACUGUUUUAUGAUAAUUGAUAAUUAUGUAUUACAAAAGUGAUAUGCACAUCAUAUUUAUGUGUGAAUUUGAAAGACCAGUGCUUGUUACUCUAAGAUAAGUGUUGAGCUGGAAUGUAUUACAUAUCAUUGGUGUUGUACGGUAAACUGUCAUAACAGGUUGAUGUUACCCAUGGACUGUUAGAGCCCUAUAAAUUAACAUGCAAGUGCUCUUGGUGAAUACAAUGAAAUGAAAUUAGGUAUUGACUAAUCAAGGAGAGAAUAUUAAAUGGUUUUCCUUCACUCUUUAGCUGAAAAACAAGUUAUUGUCUUUGUUAUUCAAACACAAGGGAAGGUAUAUGUUAUAUUCUGGGAUAAUUUAUUUUUUGAUCUUAUGUUUUCAAAAAUAGCAAAUGUCAUACAGAUUUUAUGCUGGUGCUGUUCAAUGUGAUCCUACAAAUAAAUAAAUAAAAAUGA